GCAAAAAAACUCAAAAUUUGGAUGCAAAGUGGUAACACUGACGGACCUCGUACUGGCGGUUGGCUCCGGCUCAUGUUCCAUACCCGCCAUUCGCAAAAUCCGCUCCUAAACCAACCCUGACUUAAGGCUAAAAGUGCCUUUUAGUAAUGUAUGUUUAUUUUCCUCUUCGUUUUAAAUGAAUUCUUGUUCGCCUCUUGAAAAAGAGGCGAACAAUGUCUGCCAAUACUUAUCCAAUCAGAGGGAAGUUUACAUUUGGAUGCAAAUUUAUAGUCAUUCAUUGCUCACUGACGUACAUUUACCGUGAAGGGUGACAGAGGGCACUAUCUCACGCUAUUAAUACUAUUUUUAUUUUCUUACGGGGAACAGUUUAGACGUCACUUACUCGCUUAUUUCAAUCUACGAAGUUAGGGUUUAUAGUUACAAGGGUGAGAUGUCUCGCGUUUUGGUGACAGGUGCUUCGGGUUUCCUUGCAAGCCAUGUUGUGAGGCAGUUGCUCGAAGCCGGACAACACAGGGUUCGUGGAACAGUUCGUAGUCUUGCAAACGAGGAAAAAGUGGGUCCUCUGAGACACCUCUGCCCAGAAUAUGCCAUGUAUGAACUGGAACUGGUCGAGGCAGACCUGAUGAACAAAGACUCUUGGCAGGAGGCUGUCAAAGACUGCACAUAUGUAAUUCAUGUGGCAUCACCCUUCCCAGCUGUUAAUCCAAGCAAUGAAAUGGAGGUUAUAGGACCUGCAGUAGAGGGAACUAAAAAUGUGCUCCAAGCAUGUGCUCAAACCAAGGGUGGAGUUAAAAGAGUUGUUUUGACAAGCUCUGUUGCUGCAAUUUAUGGAGGGCGUCUUGAUGAACAAAUCACAUUUACUGAGAAUGAUUGGGCCAAUGAGGAAGGAAGUAGUCCUUAUGAAAAAAGCAAGAACCUUGCUGAGAAAGCUGCUUGGGAAUUACAGAAGGACUUACCAGAUGAUGAGAGGUUUGAACUGUGUGUCAUUUGUCCUGGAUUCAUCUUAGGACCUGUUCUACAAGGAUCAAACUGCACAAGCAUGGAGUUUCACAAACGUCUUCUUGAAAGACAAAUACCAAUGGUUCCCAGGCUAUCUUUUGCAAUGUGCGAUGUCAGAGAUGUAGCAGCAGUACAUAUAACUGCUAUGACAUCAUCAAAAGCCCCUGGUAACAGAUAUAUUGUCAUCAAAGAAUCUAUGUGGACAGAUGAAAUGGCAAAAAUUCUGGAUGAAGAAUUUAGGUCACUUGGAUACAAGGUGCCAACAAGAGUUGCCCCAAAGUUUGGAUUACGAGUACUUGCAAUGUUUGAUGGUUCAGUUAAAAUGAUUCUGCCUGCUGUUGGAAAAGAGAUCAGAAUGGACAACUCAAAAGUCAUUCAAGAUUUGGAUUUCAAGCCUAGAGAGUUAAGAAACACUGUAAUAGACAUGGCUUACAGCCUUAUUGAUGCUGGUUUUAUCAAAAAGACAGCAAAAUAUCAGAAAUUGAAGGACAGUUAAGAGUUUUAAAGGAGGCUUAAAUAGGUUUUAAUUUUUAAUGCCUAUUGCUUGAUGAAUUAAUACAAGUACAAUGAUUUAAUUUGGACGUUGGUAACAUACUGUCUCGUAUGCAGAUUUCAUACAGAUUUGUUUAGGACAUUGCUAAGCAAUUAACUAUUAUGCAGACUUGCAAUGUAAGAAAUAAAUAUAAAACAGGCAAUACCAAACUUCUUUUUUGCUGCAGACUCAUAAUUCUAAAUAAAUCUAUGGGUAUUUCUUAGAGGCUGUGGUGUUGCUAUGGUAACAU